AUAUAUAAAUUUUUUGUCAUUAUUAUAUGAAGUAUUUUUUUUUCAUUGUUAUAUAAAGUUAUGUUUACCGUAAGAAAAAUAUAUCCUUUUGUAAUUUUAUUGAAAAAGAAUUAUCCUACUCAGAAAAAAUUGCGUUAUUUUAGUAAUGAACAUUUUACAUCGGGUGUGUCGAAAACAAACGUACCACUAAAUUCAAUAUACAAUCAUUAUAUUAAUCUUCGGUUACCAGAGGACAAAGUUUUAGCUACGUAUGUUUGGAUUGAUGGAAGUGGAAUAAAUUUACGCUCGAAAGACCGAGUUUUAAGUAAACUGCCAUGUGACUUAGAGCAAGUUCCCAACUGGUCUUUUGAUGGCAGCUCUACUGGACAAGCAAAAACUGAAAAUUCGGAUACAUUGUUAAUUCCCUCAGCAAUAUAUAGAGAUCCUUUUCGAAAAGCCCCUCACAUCGUGGUCCUUUGUGAAACAUACUAUGGAGAUGGGACACCAACACCAACCAAUUAUAGAGCCAAUUGUGCUAAAGUUCUUAGUAAUCUUUGCGAUCAAGAUCCUUGGUUUGGUAUAGAACAGGAAUAUACCAUGUUUGAUACAGAUUUGUGGCCAUUGGGAUGGCCAAAAUGCCGUGGAUUUCCAACAAUUAAAUCGAAGUUUUCAUAUUGUGGAACGGGCGAGUAUGUAGCUGGUAGAGAAAUAGCUGAAGUCCACACAAGAGCUUGUAUUUAUUCCGGUAUAGACUAUGGAGGUUCCAAUGCUGAGGUUAUGAAGGGAUCUUGGGAGUUUCAAGUCGGAACUUCUUCUGGUAUAAAGGCUGCAGAUGAUUUGUGGAUGGCAAGAUAUUUUUUGAAUAGAAUAUCUGAACAAUUUGGAACUAUAAUUAGUUACCACCCUAAACCGAUGGGUAAGAAUCAGCCAGGAAUUGGAUGUCAUCACAAUUUCAGUAUAAAAAAGAUGCGAGAUGAAGGAGGAAUUGGCGAGAUUGAACGGGUCUGCAAAGUCUUAUGCGAUCAACAUGAUAAAUUCAUAAAAAAUUAUGGUUUAGGGGAUGGAAAUGAAAAUAAAAAAAGAUUAACAGGAAAAUUUGAAACGGCAUCUUUUGAUUCAUGUAGAUGGGCUGUAGCAGACAGAGGUGCAUCAGUACGACUUCAGAGAAAUGUUAAAUUGAAGGGAAAGGGGUUUUUAGAAGAUCGAAGACCAGCUGGUGACUGUGAUCCAUAUAGAGUGUGUUGCCUUCUUGCCGAAACUUGUCUCUAGCUAGAAAAAAAUAAUAUUUUUCUGUGAAUUUUUCAAAGGAGGUUCAUUAUUGUUUCAUUGGCAGGAAAGAAAAAAAUUACAAUUGAUCAAUUCUAAAAAUGUAUAAAAUUAAAUAUUCUAGAAGAAGCUGUAGAAGCAUUAACCAAAUUUACAAUCACAAAUUUUCACGUUAAAUUUUUUUGUGAAUAUUAAAUUUUAAAAUGGAGAAAUUA